AUGGCUAAGUUGAACAGAUUGCACAUCCACGCGACCGAUUCGCAAAGUUGGCCUAUCGAGAUACCUUCUCUCCCGGACUUGGCGCGAAAAGGGGCGUAUCAACCUCGUCAUGUUUGGGGCACCAACAAUCUUCGUGACGUUCAAAUGUAUGGUGCUGCCAAAGGCAUUUCAGUCUUUAUUGAGAUUGACAUGCCCGGACACACGGCCUCUGUGGCGUAUGCCUUUCCAGACUUGAUUGCAGCAUUCAAUGAAUUGGAUUGGUCAACAUUUGCUGCAGAACCUUUGAGUGGCCAGCUUAAGCUCAAUUCGUCGGAUGUUCAUGGAUUUGUAGGCACUGUCCUUGACGACCUCUUGCCGCGAACACGACCUUAUACCUCUUUGUACCACGUUGGUGGCGAUGAAUUGAACAGAGCGGCCUAUCUUCUCGACGACACUGUCCAGAGUGACGACCCGAGAGUGCUACAACCAUUGCUUCAGAAAUUCAUUGACAACGUCAUCGAGGCAAGCAUCCGUCAUGGCCACCAGCCAAUUGUCUGGGAGGAAAUGCUCCUUGAUUGGAACCUGACGCUACCCUCUGCCGCGGAUAAUCCUCCGUCGCGGCAGACCUUGGUCCAAGUUUGGCGGAAUAGUGAACGGAUUGAAGAAGUGUUGAAACGGGGUCAUCGAGUACUAUUUGGAGAUUACCAUUAUUGGUAUCUUGACUGUGGUUUUGGCGUUUUCCUCGACCCUUAUCCAUCGGGCAAGUCACCUCCUGGAGUCCCCUACAACACAUCGGGCGGAUACUCGAGCAGACUAAAAAAGCCGUACCUCGACUAUUGCAACCCCUAUCACAACUGGCGGCAAAUGUAUACAUAUAACCCGUUGGCGAACAUUAGUGCCGAUCUCCAAGCAGGAAUUGAGGGGGGCGAGGUAUUAAUGUGGUCGGAGCAGACCGACUCUAGCGACCUUGACUCCAAGCUGUGGCCCCGAGCAGCGGCUGCUGCAGAAGUCCUUUGGGCAGGUGUGAGGGAAGAAUCCAUGCUCGAGGACGCCACCAAAAGACUGGGGGAAUGGAGAGAAAGAGGGGUCAUAGACCUGGGGCUCGGACUUGACUUCCCUGUCCAUUCGACCCUGGCAAUCCUCAGAAACGAGGCGCUGGAGUUCUGGGAUUGGAUCUAUGAAGACACGAAGACCGACAGCAAAGGGACAGGUUCCUACACGGCCGAGCUCCAUAUCCUGGCGGAUGUUCGUGUUCUCUUCACCGCAGACCCCGAGAACACUAAAGCGAUCUUGACGACGCAAUUCCAGGACUUUGGCAAAGGCGAAGAAUUCCACAAUGAGUGGCAGGACUUCCUCGGUGACAGCAUCUUCACCACCGACGGGCAGCAAUGGCACAACUCGCGACAGCUCAUUCGCCCAAUGUUUGUCCGUGAGAAGGUCGCCGAUCUGCCUUUGAUCGAGACUCAUGUCCGCAAGUUGAUAUCGUUGAUGGGCACGGGGGAUGGGAGCCAAGUCAUGUUAAACAAGCUGCUCUUCAGGUUCAGCCUUGAUGCUUCCACCCACUUCCUGUUCGGGCACAGCGUUGGCAGCUUGGACAAAGAGCAGUCCGAAUUCGCUGCUGCCUUCGACGAAGUCCAACGCGUCCAAUCCCUGGAAGGUCGCUUGGGGCCCUUGAAGCAUUUCCGCAGCAAGAGAUCCUUCUAUGAAGGCUUGAAGACAAUGGAUCAUUUCAUUGAGCCAUUCAUCACCGAGGCACUGUCGAUGACUCCGGAAGAGCUGGAGACCAAGUUGUCCCGCUCAGAUACCUUUAUCCACGCCCUGGCCCGAUACACAAGAGACCGGAAGGUAAUGCGUGAUCAGCUCACAGCAUUACUGUUGGCCGGCCGUGACACCACAGCGGGCACACUGUCCUGGGUCUUUCUCGAGCUGGCUAAAAAUCCCCGAGCAGUGGAAAAACUGCGUGCCGAGAUCAAGGAAUUCUUAGGGGAGGGUGGCCGACCACCAACCUAUCAGGAGAUCAAGGACAUGAAAUACUUGACAUAUGUCAUCAACGAAACCCUGCGUCUGUAUCCUGUAGUACCAUUCAACGUCCGAUCAGCACUCACCGACACCACACUGCCUCGGGGUGGUGGCAAAGACGGCAAUGCACCAGUCGGCUGUCCAAAGGGAACGGUGAUAGGAUACAGCACUCUGCUGAUGCAGCGAAGACGAGACCUAUAUCCGCCGAUCUCGCCGUCCUUCCCUUAUGAUCCGCUGGAGUGGUGGCCGGAGCGCUGGGCGACGUGGACCCCAAAGGCGUGGAAUUUCAUCCCAUUCAACGGCGGACCCAGAAUAUGCAUUGGACAGCAAUUUGCCAUGGUAGAAAUGGCGUACACCAUAGUCAGGAUCCUGCAGGAAUUCGACCAGAUCAUUGAUUAUGGGAGCAAACGCAUCAUGCAUGUCGAGAUUAUCCUGACUCCGGCUGAGGGUGUGAAAGUGGGAUUUGUCAAGAGCGAGAAGAAGGCAGCGAUGGCUUGA